UCAGUAACUCAGUAAGGUUGAGUGGAAUACCACUGCAAAGACAAGAUGUCCUUCAUAAAAGUAGAUGCAACGUCUGAUUUCUCCUUCCACAACCUCCCUUAUGGGAUAUUCUCCACACCUGAUAAUACCAAACAUCGCAUUGGCGUUGCCAUUGGAGACCAGAUACUGGACCUCAGUGUGAUAAAGUCUUUGUUUCGAGGGCCUGUGAUUUCCAGUCAUCAGGAUGUCUUUGACCAGCCUACACUGAAUGCCUUCAUGGCUCUUGGGUAUGACGCCUGGAGGGAGGCCAGGAGGACCUUGCAGGUGUUGCUGUCAGCCAAUGAGAGCACACUGAGAGACGACAUCAGCCUUCGGAGCAGAGCAUUUGUCCAUCAGAGCGCAGCCACCAUGCACCUUCCUGCAGACAUCGGUGAUUACACCGACUUCUACUCCUCCAGAGAUCACGCCAGCAACGUUGGCACCAUGUUCCGGGGGAAAGAGAAUGCCCUGAUGCCAAACUGGUUGAGGCUUCCAGUGGGAUACCAUGGCAGAGCAUCUUCAGUGGUUGUUUCUGGGACCCCCCUUCACCGCCCCUCAGGCCAGAUGAGACCCGACCAGACGAAACCCCCGGUGUUUGGCCCAUCUAAGCAGAUGGACAUUGAGCUGGAGAUGGCCUUCUUUGUUGGGGCAGGGACUCGACUUGGGGAGCCCAUUCCUAUCAAGAAAGCCCAUGAACACAUCUUUGGCAUGGUACUCAUGAAUGACUGGAGUGCCAGGGACAUCCAGGCGUGGGAGUAUGUUCCUCUGGGUCCUUUCUUGGGGAAGAACUUCGGGACAACCAUAUCACCUUGGGUCGUCCCCAUGGAGGCGCUGUUACCCUUUGCAGAGCCCAACCCCGUCCAGGAUCCAGAGCCCCUCCCCUACCUGCAACACCAUGAUGCCUACACUUUCAACAUCAACCUGUUUGUGUCACUAAAAGGACAGGGCAUGUCGGAGGCAGCAACCAUCUGCAAGUCAAACUUCAAGCACAUGUACUGGACCAUGAAGCAGCAGCUCGCCCAUCACACCGUCAACGGCUGCAAUGUCAGACCAGGGGACCUGCUGGCUUCUGGCACCAUCAGUGGACCUGAUCCAGAGAGUUUUGGCUCCAUGCUGGAGCUGUCAUGGAGGGGAUCAAAGAGCAUCGAUCUGGGAGGCGGAGAAACUAGAACCUUCCUGAAGGACAGAGAUGAAGUAACCAUCACAGGUUACUGUCAAGGCGAUGGAUACAGGGUGGGCUUCGGACCCUGUAUGGGAACCAUCCUGCCUGCCCUGCAACACUGAAACACACUGUUUCAUACUAUUUAUGUGGGCAUAAUUACCUGGAAGACACAAGCUUACACACCUACACGAUCUCACCCCGCUUUGCCACGAAUCAAGACGACUGCUGAGCCUCACAUUCAGUCGACACAGCCUCAGAGGUCUGCAGAGUUUCUCAGUUCAGUGGCCUUGUUAUUGAAAUCCUCUGUAAUAUUCAUCCAGCACAGAGAUUCUCCCACAUGACCACACAGUGUUACUGCUGCACCAGGAUCAGUAUUAUCAAUGUUUUAUGUGUGUUGGAUUUAUAAUGAAAUCAUCCAUUUUUAAUGUGAUUGUGUUUGUGUCUUUUAUUUUCCUGCCAACUGACUGUGGCC